AUGGCGUCCCCACCGACCACCAACACCCCCGCCAUCCCAUCCUCCUUCCUCCGCGGCCCUGGCCCCCGCACUCUCUCCACCACCCGCAUCAACUUCACCACGACCCCUCUGCCGCAGUACGGAAACUGCUACGCGACCAUCAUCGACGACGCCCUCACGCCAUCCGAAUGUGCCACCAUGCUCCGGCUGGCCGCCGCCAGCAGCACCACCAGCGCCUCUUCUGAUGAGCAGCAGCCUUCCUCCGCCGAAGGCGGCAUCUGGGAGCGCGCCAUGAUCAACAUGGGCGGCGGCCGCCAAGCGCUGGCCGUCGAGACGCGCAACUGCGGCCGCAUCAUCUUCGACAGCGACGAGAUCGCGGCGCGGCUGUGGGCGCGCGUGGCGCCCCACGUGCCCGAGCUGGCCGUGCUCGAGGGCGAACGGUGGUGCAUGCCGCCGGCCAAGCAGUGGACGACGGGCCGCGAGUGGGACGAGGGCUGGGGCAGCGUGCUGCACCCGCGGCAGGUGCAGCGGCGCGAGCGGUGGCGGUGCGCCGGCCUGAACGAGCGGCUGCGCUUCCUGAGGUACGAGGGCGGCGAGUACUUCAAGCCGCACUGCGACGGCGUGUACGAGCGCGAGAGGAAGGAGGGCCCCGACGGCAAGAUGGCGCCCGUAGAGCGCUCAUUCUUCACCCUUCACCUGUAUCUUAAUGACGGCGAGGAGGUUAGAGGCGACGAGGAUAGGGAGAGGAGGAGCCCGUUCAUCGGCCGCGUCGAGGGCGAGCCGGAGGAGCCGCUGAUGGGCGGCGCUACCACUUUCCACGGCCCGGACGACUUUUUCACCUUGUCUUUUGGUGACCCUGACUCUGAAAUGAGGAAGAGAAAGGUGGAUGUUGUGCCGAAGGUUGGGAGAAUCCUGCUGUUCCAGCACCGGAACAUAGUGCAUUCGGGAGAUGACGUAGUGGGAGGCGUAAAGUACACGAUGAGGACAGAUGUGAUGUUUACUAAAGAGGAAAAUCAGGAAUAG